AUGUCGUCCACCAGCAACGCCUCCAUUGACAAGUUCAACGGAGACAAUUACGCAACGUGGAGCCGGUACAUGCGCGGUGUGUUUUUGACGAAGUCCGUCUGGCACGUCGUCAACCGUGAAGUGACUCCGACUUUCACCGACCCGCGAGCGUCCGAUGACUACGUCAAGGCAAGCAACGUCGCGUUUGGUAUGAUGCUGCUGCACAUGAACGCGGACUACCAUCAUGUGCUGGACAACUGCGAGGAAGCCUGGGUUGCGUGGACAAGUCUGAAGACGCUGUACGGUGGGUCGCAGAAGGCAGGACGCAUCUACCUCAAGCGACAACUUUUCAGUAUCAAGAUGGAUGAAGGCGCGAACGUCAUGCAUCACUGCAACGAGGUCCUCAACAUCUCCGCCAAGCUUAGCGGCAUCGGUGCGAAGAUGGAAGACGAAGACGUUGCAAUUUGUCUGCUACUCAGUCUUCCGAAGAGCUACGAAAAUGUGGUGCUCAACAUGGAAAUGAGCAGCACCGAGCUUCGCACUCAAGAUGUGGUGAGAGUCCUGACGAAUGAGCAUGCCAAGCGUCAAGGAGAAAAAGGGACAACGACAGCGACUACGGUGAAGGCUGAAGAUGCAAGCAAGGCAUUCAGCGCCGAGCGUGAGCCCUACCAAUGCACGUAUUGUGGCAAGGUGGGACACACGGUGGAUCGUUGCUGGACAAAGCAGAAGAACGAAGGUCGGGGAGCCCGACGCGGCGGCAAUGGUCGUGGACGCGGGGCUAACAAUAUCCAGUGGGGACAUCAUGAUGAAGGUAAUGGCUACGAUCGAGUGGCGUUUGCAGUCUCGUUCGAAUGUGGAGUUUCGACGAGCAAGGACGUGUCUGGAAUGUGGGCCGUCGACAGUGGUGCAACGCACCACAUUUGCCACGACAAGACCAAGUUCGCAAGUUUGGCAGAGCGCAAUGAGGGCGAACUCUUGGUGGCUGAUGGCAACAAGGUGGCCAUCAAGGGUGUGGGAACCAUCAUGGAAAAGGUGGUUCUGCCCAACGGUGAAGAGCGUGAGAUCGAAAUCAAGAACGCGCUAUAUGUUCCAAGUAUGAGCAAGAACCUGCUCUCGGUGCCACAGAUUAACAGCCAUGGCAAGUUUCAAGUCGUGUUUGACGGGUCCAAGAUGUAUGUGACUCUCAAGAACUCACAGCAAGUGGUGGCGACAGCGGAUCUCGUGGAUGGACUCUACUGGCUUCGGACGACUCAACGAUCAGCGAAUGUGACAACAAGUGGAACCAGUUGUGCCGAUCUACAUGCGAGAAUGGGUCAUGCUCCAGUCGAUGUACUUCGCAAGAUGAUCGCGACCAACAUGAUCAAGGAUGUGCGAGUCCCUCUCAAGUCGGGUGGAGCAACUACAUGUCGAGGAUGUCAACAAGGGAAAAUGGUCCACAAACCAUUUCCAAGCAACCGAGACAAGCGCAGCUACGAUACGUUUGAGCUACUUCAUCUGGACAUCUGCGGGCCCAUGGAAAAGGAUUCGCUCGGUGGCAGCAAAUAUUUGCUGCUGAUCAUCGACGAAGCCAGUGGAUGCAUGAAGGGCUUUUGUCUACGAGUGAAGUCCGAGAGUGAAGACUACAUCCGGAAAUAUAUCACUAUGGUACAGACGCAAUUCUGUAAGAAGGUCAAGUUCGUGCGACACGACGGAGCUCGCGAGUUUGCAACCAACUCGCUUCAACUGUUCUACGAAGACGAAGGCAUUGAACAGCAGAUGCCUAUUAUGAACUUUUUUCGUCGGGGAAAAACCCAAAAGAGAAUAUAUAUUUAUAAUAGGUAUUAG